AUGGAACGUCCCGAAGCGGUCACAGGCGUCCAGAAGGCGCGGGAGGAUGCGACAGAUAACAAGGAACGCCGGAAGAUUCAGCUCAGACUAGCACAAGCUCGUCUACGACAGCGAAAGGCAGAUGCACUCAAGGAUGCGAAUAGCGAGGUAGAGCUUCUUCGCAAGCAGCUCGCCGAAGCUAAAGAUACGAUUGCUCGUCUCAGCCCUCCAAAGCACUCACCCGAUGCCGACGAGAUGGUCACCUCGGAGGCGACACUUCAUCCAACAACUGCAGAGACACGGACUCGAUCCAAGGACAAUUUCGGGUUGGGUGAUCCCACCAAUAUUGAUGGGUUAGUGGUAGGUAACCAUGCCCUCAAUCAGCCCAUGUCUCCUGCGACUCUGGACAGCUUCUUCCCGGGAGCGUCAGAUGACUUGCUGGACAUGGGUACACCCGAAUCCUUCGCUUUCCCAUCAUUCAACAAUAUGGCAAAAAGGACACUGCCGCAACAUGCGAUGCCUAGAUUCACAAACCACGAAUCGACUCAAGCCUGGCCAUCUGCUGAGGGUGCGUCCGGUGGAGUUGGAACCUGGGGGUACGCAUUUACAUAUGAUGAGGAUGCGUCGCGUGCACCCCCAUCGAUCUUCCCACAGUCUCCUCAAAGCCCUCGUAUGCAACUCGUACGGCAGCCGACUCCUCCGUCGCCCACACCGUUACGUGGAUUGAGCUUUGCGAAGCGACUCUGGCGACGAUGCGCUGAGAUGACGAUACGAAUUCUAUCGGAUACGAAGAAGCACCAAGCUCUGAUUGAGAGAGCCUUUGGAAACUACUUCGGCCACUUCUCGCCAUCUACCGUAAUUCGAGCGUUGCAGAUGGCCUUGAAGGCGGAUAGUUUCGCCACAUUGGAGUAUCAAAACUACCCCAACUUCCAUCUCAGUCAGCAACCCCUCAUGCCUCACAAGACCAAUUCCGAAGGUCUUGUUGAUUUCGGAAACGUCGAUCCGGCACAGGAUCCAUACAUGACGCCUCGCGAUAUCGAGAACUACUUCGUCUGGAAUGGCCAAUACAACAAGACAAUGGACUCCAAUGGAAACAUUGUUACUCUCCCCUGUCAUUUCGACUUCCAAGGCAAGCGAUGGAUUUUGGAAGAGAACAAACUUGUUCAUACACUCAUGCAUUAUUCCGUCUGCCUCGGGCAAGGCCCUGCUAUUUUGGCUUCACAAGUGCUUAUUGCUACUUUCCAAAGCAUGCAAAGAGUUUCUAGCCAUAUGUGA